AACACGGACACCAGCACAGGUACGGCUGUUUUGUACUGAGGAAUGUCGCACAGGUAGAGCUCACCAAGGGUUUCUUAUUGAUUUCCGUCCGACUUUGUCAAAUCAAUAAAAAUCGUAUCAGCGUGUAGUAGCCGCCUUUGCUUUGUGAUUAGAUUAUAAGUCCAGCCCAUGUCUGCUGGUCAGACAGGUAUGGACAUAAAACCAGCGACUCGGGCAGGGUCAUGACGCAUCCCCCCACAAGACCCUCAUUGGGUCAAACCGGAACCAGUAAAGUAGAAGCGUUUAGGAUACAUCGUCUGCCAUGUUUGUAUUCAAACGAAUUUCAACAAUAUUGAAACAGUGAUAUAGCUUUGUUUACCUACCCGUCCUAAGGCCUGUACUGGGAAUGUGACAGCCACUCGGACAGAUAUGGUGGACGUGGAGAAGUUUUACCGGGAUAAUUUGUGUUUAUUUAUGUGAGAGGUACGAUUUUAAACUUUAAAAAGACAUUUUCAACGACGUGAGUGUAGGGGAGCGUGACUGGACAUUCUACUUUGAGUAAUCAGAGAUGGGAUCACGUUUGUGUUUACCACUGACAGUGAAAAGACAUGGAUUUCUACACGUUGGAGGUGGUUGACACAUGGCCAUGUAGGCACUCUAUAUAUCACAACAUGCGGGACACUAAAUACCUAAAUAGGUAUACCCGAUCUAGGUUUCGGACAUAAAUAUUGACAGUAUACGCAGUUCAAACAAAGAUGGCACCGAAAUAUAUCACUUUGGCUUUGCUUCUCCUCAUUUCCCAGCUGACCUUGUUGGGAUAUCGGGUGGCUGGUCACGAGCAGUGUAGGGCAAGUCCCUAUGAGAUAAACGCAGGGGCCAAUGCCAUGUUUGCCGUAAUCAUGAGCACGCGACAGAGCAUGGGUACUGGUGAGUGUGGAAGUAUCUCAAGUGGGGCCCUCCACACCAUGUCAACUAUACAGUGGGCCGUCAACAAGAUCAAUGCUGCAAACUACGUCCCUCUCAUUAACCUGGGGUUUGAUAUGUAUGACGACUGUGGUAUAGAGCGGUACAGUGCCUUUGGAGCCCUGGAUGCCGUCAGUACAAAGUUCCCCAAGGAUAUCCGCGAAUGUUAUGGCGACGGGGCCUAUGAACUGUUUCUCGGUGUCCUCGGAACGUCUCGGAGUCAGACCACUUACAACGUGCUCAAAAUGCUGGGAAGCAAUAUUCCAGUAAUAAGUCCGUUCGCAACACUUCCUGAACUGGCAAACUUUCCGAACUUUCUCCGGACAACUCCUGCGGACAAUGACCAGGUCCAGGUGGUUAUACAGCUACUGAAGGAUCUGAACUGGACGUACAUCGCGGCUCUCCAUACUAACGACAACUACGGCUCCAGUGGCAUGGAGAAGAUAUUGCAGCUGGCUCGAGAAAACGGUAUAUGUGUGGACGUGGUUCAGGCUAUCAACUCUACCGAGAACUUUGCUAAUAUUGCCACGCUCGAGAAUUUCUUAAAGGUACUCACUCAUCAAAAGGAUCAGGCGAAGAACAAAAAACUAGGCAUUGUGUAUUUCGGCCAAAAGAACGUGAUUGAAAGGUUGCUGAUCAGACUAAAUCAGUUACUUACAAUAGAGUAUAGAGGUUUUCACUGGAUCAUGUCUGACUUUGUGGGCACGAGCGUAGAGGUUUUCAAUGACGCGGAUGACGUUUCUGACGGGACCAUUACAGUGUCUACAUCAUCAGUGAUGAUAGAAGAGGCACAACAAUUCUUCGAGGAAAAGUGGCACGCAGCAUUAACAAUUACUAAUAUGUCUUCGCCUCUGGACAAACUGAUAGCCGAAUACAGGGCGGAGAAUCCCACUGCGGAGAUCGAAUGGAGGAACGAUUUUAUCAUGCCUAUAGUGGACGCUGUGUAUGUCAUAGCAACAGCUCUCAAACAAGCAUUGUUCAAGAAAUGUAGAAACUAUACUAUUAUUUGUGUUGGAUUUGAAGAUUAUCUGGAUAGUGAAUUCCUAACUAUUAUGAAGAACACUAGUGUUGAUUACGGUAAUUUGAACUAUACCUCUGGACCAAAGGAACUCGUGGACCUUGGACGUCAGGUUCGAUUUGAUCGCCAUGGUAACAUCCUCCCGGAUAGGUCCAGUCCACUUUAUGAUAUAAAUAUGUACAAUGUGACGAGGAAAUCAUUUGUCAAGGUGGGAACCUACAAAAACUAUACAUUGUCAUUGAAUUCAUCACUCAUCACGAGCCACCAGCUAUUGUCAUCAUGUGCUAGUAACUGUUCCAAUUGUACCGUCCUCCCUCCUAUACAUUACAAAUACCUUGAUGGUGAUGUGAUUCUUCUGGGAAUGUUUUCUAUCCAUGACCCAAAGGAUGAAGAACAUGCAUUUUCAUGUGGAAAGUUUCGAAAUUACUCAUUAGAUGUAAUAGUGCAGGAAUCUUUUUUUCAUGCCAUAUAUCGGCUUCGGAACCUCACAGGGAUCGAGUUCGGUGGACUUGCCUUCGAUGAUUGCUACACCUCGACCGUAGGCAGUAUGAUAGUCACCCAGUUCCUGUCAGGAACCACUGCUCUAACGUUUGGUUCCGCUGGAGAAAAUAUCGACCCCACAAAAGUGCUGGGAGUUAUCGGCCCUUACCCGAGCGGUGUGACAGUUCCAUUGACGCAUUUGUUCACUCGUUUGAAGCUCCCAUCGGUUUCAUAUGCUUCUUCAUCUCCUGAUCUUGAUGACGUCAUAAACUAUCCCUACUUUUUAAGGACAGUUCCGAGUGACGUCACACAAGUUGGAGCCAUGGUUAAAAUUAUAGAACAUAUGGGAUGGAAACGGGUUGGAAUGAUAUACGUAAACAAUAACUAUGGAAGUAAGGGCAAGGCGCUGUUUAUGGAGAAGGCGGCUUCCAGUGGGAUAUGUGUGACCACUCCCAUAGAAAUGUCAGAAUCGGGGAACCAGAACGAACUCUAUCAGAUAUCUUUAGACAUAAAGAAGAAAGGAGAGGAAGUGAUAGUGUACUUUGGAACGGAAGGCAGGAUCGUCGACCUACUGAAGGAAAUGAAGAGGAGAGUGGAACAGAACUCCUUUCAGUAUGACUUCGUAUUUCUGGCCAGUGAGGAUUGGGGAGACAGCAUGAACAUCGGUUCUAACCUUGGAAGUGUGGCCAAAGGAGCCAUCAGCUUUAAGUUUGCAAUCAAAUCCGCAGAUGUUGGAUUUGAAGAUUAUCUCCGAAAUAGAGAACCUGUUUUGGAAGAUACAAAUACAUGGUACCGGGAAUAUUGGAGGGAGUAUUUUAAGUGUGAUCCAGAGGGGGAUUUCGAUAAAAGGAUUGGGACACCGUGUCGCAAAGACUUACAAUUCUCUAAACGGAACAUAUCGAACUUCGUUGACGACCAGCGGGUGAUUCACACAAUGAAUGCUGUGUACGCCCUUGGAUUGGGACUUAAUAAAGUUAAGGAUCGGUGUCCACAAGACAGUCUUCGUGGCUGUAAAUAUUUGAAGGAACAACCGGAGGAAGUAGUGAAUGAAAUCCAUAGCAUCGAGCUGCAAUCCGGCAGUGAAAAUUUCUUCGUCUUUGACGAAGAAGGCAAUGGAAAUAUGGGGUUCACAAUUCUUAAUCUUCAGGCUGUCGGUCCGAAUGUAUACGAUUAUAUAGAGGUUGGUACCUAUAGACCCGGAAAGUUGGAACUUUCCAAGAACCUAUUGAAAUUUUACAAUGAUAAUGGUUCUGAAAAGGAAAUAACAGCUCCGUGUGGCGCAUUGUGUGAAUGUUUUGUGUCGACUACAUUCACAACUCCGGAAGUGACAACACAGGCGCCAACCAGUGGGCCAAUCGCUGAGUAUAAUACAUCCACCAUCGUCAUCAUUGCUGUCGCGUCAUCAUCGUGUCUCCUCUUAGUCAUCCUCCUGAUCAUUGUCGUCGUAUGUUUCUGUAAAUUACGACGGGGACCCAAUGAUUCAAGUCCAUCUAAGCCUUUCAAGCGAUACUACAACACGUCAAGUGAGCCCUCAGGAGGGGGUAUCAGCCAGGUCAGCAAGCCACCCUCCGAAAUCCAGUUUGUCAACCCUCAAGGAAUGAGCAGUGACAUCAAACACAUGGGACCAGUGUCGAAAUACGAUGGUCAAUCAAAAAGUGGCCUAUCUAAUGGACAAAAUGGCGGUCAGGUGAACAGGGCUUUCUCUGAUCCCUACUUACACCCAGCCACAGGGUCAAACAGUAGUGAACAGAUGUAUAGACAGCAGACCCCUAUGUCUGAGGGGUAUGACCAAGGUAUAAACGAUCAGAGGAGGAACGCAUCUCCCGUUAGGUACAGGAACAGAGAAACUGUAGCGAAUACACCAUCUCCCAGGCAGGAAUCCAGUAACCCUAACUAUCGUCCUCAAUUACCCCCAAGGGAGGAAGGAAUUCCAAACCUUAAACAAUACCAGUUGCCUAAUGGCUAUCCAAGAAUGGGAACGAGUCACGUGACUAACGGUUCACCACCUGUUGGGAAUUCACCAACAGGUUCUGAUCACGCUCUUCUUAACAUUUUAGUAGGUGAUAACAAUGUUAACCAAAAUGAUGACUCUCCCGUGUUCAAUAUGUCGGAUCCGGGAUCGCCAUUCGGGGAAAUGCAGGAACGAGACCGGAAGUCACAGUUCGCGUCGCUUAAGAAAAAGCAAAAACGCUUAUAUAACCAGACUGCUAUGGAAGCUACACAAUCUGUGGAGAAGAUAUCUCGUGUGUAGCACAAUUCAAUACCACAUAACCCACGGAAGAUAUUUAGAGUAUGGCAUAAUAUCUUUUUUGACUUAUCGGUUGAAACAACCGGGUGUUGAAUGUCAUGUUUAGCUGUAAGCUGUAUGGUAUUGUUACACAAGUGCGUGUUUAUAUAUUAAUAUGUAAGCCAGUGUUCAUAAUGUUUACUAUAUAAAUGGAGUUUUAUAUACUGGGGAUGUGAGCCAGGGUCUGCGUUUUAAUGUCAAAAUGUUCAACAUUUUACAAACGAUUAAUGUUCUCAAAUGUUCAAUACGUUACAUUUAAAUCAAGUUCUUCAGUUUUAACCUAACGAUGUUGCACCGUUUAUCGCAUAAAAUCCUACCUGUAGCCGCUCUUCCGAACUAUAGCGACUGCCAGUUUGAUUUAGUAUAAGUCAGGCGAGUAUCGCCCUUGGGCUAUAUUUUACAUUUGUUGCAAUCGUGAUUUGUAGAUUCAAUUUCUUUUACUAAGGGAGAUAACUUCGACAGUAUCCUACUGUGAAAUUUAAUUCACAUUAUCACGUUGGUCAGGAAAUAGAUCAAAUAACGUGAUUAUAGACUUUCUUUGUUUACAUAAUUGGUCCUGUUAUACUUCAUUGUUUUCGUUGAUUUGUUUAACUCUUUCAAGUAAACGUUCACUAUGCAAGAAAAGGUAAUAAAUGGUGCUAUAUAAUCCCCUAGUUCGUGUUAAGUCCGAGUUGUGUACAAAAUAACUGUGUAUUUUGAGAAAAAUGAGUACAUUAACAUUUGCUGAUAUUCUGAAUAAUUGUUUUCAAAAUCUGAAAUCAUUCCGUCGCAUUUGAAAGAAUUUUAUGCAAAUAAACUACCAGAGAUAAACCAUGUUUUGAAGUUUUAAGAUUGUGUGUAUAUAAAAGUAUGCCGAGUAAGAUGAUACCCUCAAAUGUCAGUUACCAAUGUUGUUACAUGUGCACAAAUUUCUUACCAAAGACAUUAACUUUUUAUAAAAGAAUUUAAAAGAUCUAUCGUACAGAAGUCUGUUGCGAUUUAACAUAUUUUUGUUAUCCAUACGCAAUGUUCGUGUUUAUAUGUUUGAUAAUGUAUGUUAGUAGAUGUUAAUGAAUCUGUUUAUACCUAAAUAAUGAUGUUUUAUAAGGAUACGGUAAUCAAGAUGGCUUAUCAUUCAGAAAUAAGUAAACAUAGUUUGUACUCCUGAAUUUGAAAGGGGAGGGGGUAAAUGAUUUAUUUAAUUUACUUAGAAAAUGAAGACCUGAAAAUAUUCAAGAAGUUAUACACGUAGUGUAUGUGGGAAGGAGAGAAAGAUAUCUGUCUAUUCAAGAAUAAUAUAACAUUAUUAACUUUAGGAGAAAAGAAAUGUGAAUAACUAUUCAAGAAUAAUAUAACAUUAUCAACUAUAACUAUUCAUGAAAAAAAGAAUCAAAGAAAAUGGCUACCUAAACCAACCAAGAUUAUAUAAACACAAUAUUUAUGUAGGAAAGGGAGAUAGCUCACCAAUUCAGGAGAAAGUAAGAUUGAUUAAAGGGGAUUAGCAAGAUUGCUGACUUUAUCCAGAAUAAAAACAACAACAUUUAAUUGCAGAAACAACAUAAUAUUUAGAAAUCUAUAAAAGGUAGGCAAUUAGAACUUUGUCACACAUAUCAAUUAAAGUGAGCGCAAGAUGACAACUUAAGGUCCGAAACAGUUGAGGUUUUUACUGUUCUCUACUAUAUUAUGUUGGGUAGUUUAUUCAACUGUUGAGCGUUGCCGGGGAUUCGAAUAUCUUCAUGAUUAUUAACAAUGGUACAUAUAAUAAAUAGAUUUUGUACAUAUUAAGGAACAUCUAUUAUACUUUGUCACAAAAUUAAUGAUACUUUUGUAUUUUUAUAAAACAGAAUUUGCAUAUAUUACCAUGACAACGAUGAUUACCAUGACAACUGUACAUUUAUACUGUUAGAGACAGUCUAAUCCAUGUGUAGGGAAAGAUAUGGUGGGCAUAAAAUCAUUGUAAUAACAGUAGAAGUCUUUUAUUAAUGUGAUUGUUUUGUAAUGACUUAAUGGCUAUGGCCAACGAUAUUCUGGGUAAAAUACUGUAUGUACAUUGACAAGGUGAGGCACUACACAAUCCGCAUAUACGCGUAAUGAGGAAGGCAUAACAGUGUUUACACAAGCUAAGUGUGUCAGUAAUACUAGCUGCUCAAUUCAUUUUAAACAAUAAAUGUGUUCAAGGAAGUAUCUAAUAGCCUAUUGAAUGUAUGAAAUCCUCGUUGAAGAAAUAAAUAAUUUAAUCAAAUGUUUCUAAUAAUAAGAUAUAGUCUGUUUUACCAGGGAUCACGUUGACACGGAGUGAUUUUACCGUUCGUGGUCAGAUUGUAAUUAUGUUGUACCAGCUCCACGUGGGUGUUUGAGGAAUUACUUGAUUUUAACAUAUUUUAAUUGCAUAUUAUACACAAAUGGACUGGGCACAAGUUUUUAAACUUAUACUAAGCUCGUUCCAGAUAUUAAUCAACAAUAUACAUGCGAGUGAUGACUUGUUAGAUAUAAACAAAUUACUUAAUCGUAAAGGAUCUCUGAUAUAUCCUCAUAGAAGCAUCAUCCAUUUUAAUUGAUAUAACUCUAAUGUGUAACGGAACAUAUAAAAGUGUCUUUUACCUUGAAAUUCACGCGAGAUAUUUUGAUAUGUUGAAAGUCAGUAAGUAAUUAUUGUGACGUUAAUAAUGAGUUGGCGGGAAACGUCGAUUUAUCUUUAAUUAUACGAUUUUGAAAACAAAAACAAUGUAAAUUAAUUUUUAAUUGAUUUAUUUGACUUGAGAAUCGUUGCCCUGACAACUGGCAAUUUUCACAUGAAUAUCGUAGAUCCUAUGGCUUUACUGAAAAUGAGUAUAAAAGUGAAUUUUAAAUACAUGUAUUUCAAUGAUAGAACAUUGUUACUAACCAACGAUUUUAUUUUACAUAUUAGUUUACCUGGUUUGUAAAUAAAAUUCCAGGUUUUAAUUGAACAUUUAUGAAAAUCAAAUAUCAAUCAUUUCCACAAUUAGAUAGAGAAUCAUAUCAAAAUCAAAUAGCUUGUGUACAUAGAAUUUUAAAUACUCAUUAUUGUGAUUCCUGGUGUAAAUAUAACGUGGAGGUAGAUAAGCUCACUAAGUAUUGGAGUUAAGAUAUUAAAACACUAUCUGUGAUGUAGUAGGGAUAUUGAGCAGCACCAAGUGCCAUGUACAUUAUAUAUAACCUGAUAUAUAUUUUAUUACUUAUAUCUUAUAUAUAUAUAUAUUACACUAUUGUCUACAUACUUUAUGCAAGUAAAGAUAACUAUUGUUUGA